AUGGACGCCAGAAUCAGACCCCAGGUCCUUGCGGUCCUCGUGUUUCUCAGUGUGCUCUGCUCCCAAGCACUGACCUGGCCUCUCUUUGGACCACUGUCUCCUCUGAGGAUGGAUGACAGAGCAAAUGAACGUGAUCAAGUUUCAUUGAAAGGAGAUUCUGACAUCUUUCAAAAUGCUUUGGCUGAAGAUGACACACCCUUUUACUAUGCAUCCAGAAAUGCCAGACAUGCUGAUGGAAUUUUCACCAAUGACUUUACUAAGCUGUUGGGUCAACUAUCUGCCAAAAAAUACCUUGAGUCUGUUAUUGGAAAACGAGUUAGCAGCGACACCUCAGAAGACCCUGAACUGGGCAAACGUCACUCAGAUGCUGUCUUCACUGACAACUAUACUCGCCUCAGGAAACAAAUGGCUGUGAAGAAGUACUUGAACUCAAUUCUGAAUGGUAAAAGGAGCUCUGAGGGGGAUUCUCCUGACUUCCCUGAAGAGCUAGAAAAAUGAUUGGAAUAAA